GCAAUCCAAGCAAAAUCUCAAAAUUCACAAAAAUCAAAAACACCCCACUUCCACAUUUUUCCCCAUUUUCCUCUCUCUCUCUCUCUCUCAUCCCUGUGAUUCAUUUCUCCAUCUGUUCCUCUCUGUUCUUCUCCGGCACCGGGGCACUCUCCUCCUGGCCUCAUGUGGCGGCUUUGGGCCAAACCCUCCGCUCGAAACGACGCCGCUUCAUCCUCAUCCUCAUCCUCAUCCCCCUUUUCCUUCUCAACCUUCAAGGACAUUCAGCUCCUCUGCUCCGAAGACUCCGACCCAUUAACCCCCAGAAGAUCCGCCAUCUUCCACCGCGCCAGAGCCGCCACCGCCCUACUCCGUUCCCGCUUCUCCUUUCACAAACCCCAACCCGAACCUGACGUUGAAAAUGCCCCGCCGGGUCCGCCCGAGUCAUCCUCGUCUCCUUCGACGCCGCCGGAACCGGCGAUCGCCCUCCCCGGUACCGAGUCGCGGAUCGUGGUAUACUUCACGAGCCUGCGCGUGGUCCGGCCGACCUUCGAGGACUGCCAGGCCGUCCGAUCGAUUCUGAGGGGUUUCCGGGUCUCGAUCGACGAGCGAGAUCUGUCCAUGGACUCCGGGUUCAUGGAGGAACUGCAGGGGAUUUUGGGCCAGGAGAGGCUGACGCUGCCGCGGGUGUUCAUUGGGGGGAGGUACGUCGGCGGGGCAGAGGAGGUCCGGCAGCUUCACGAGGCCGGCGAGCUGAAGAAGAUCGUGGUGGGGUUGCCAGCGGCGGAGCCCGGUGUCUGCGACGCCUGCGGCGGCUACAGGUUCGUGCUUUGCGACGAGUGCAACGGCAGUCAUAAAUGCUACAACGAGAAGGGCGGUGGGUUCCGGUCGUGCUCGGCGUGCAACGAGAACGGUUUGAUCAGGUGCCCUUCUUGUUCUUGCGCACCACUCUGAUCCGUCUGACAAGAUUUCAGAAUAGCUAGCUAGGGACGAUAAGGAAAAAGAAACAGAGUAGAGAGGGACGAAGGGACUGUUUUUUCAGAUUUGUUGUAACAUUUGUAAUAUUUGUUUUUUGGGGGCUUCAAUUAGAUUUGUAGUUUUAAAAUUCUCUUUUUUGGUAUUUGCUGGUAGGACCCUGCAGUGCACAUUAUUAUUUUUUUCCCCUUCUUCUGUGAUUGCUGCCUCAAAAAGGUGAUGGCAUGGCUUUAUGGAUGAGGAGAAGCGAGUUAUGCGUGAACUUUGUAGCCUUUUUCUCUCUUUUGACUUACCAUUAGAGGAGAUCAGGUCCUUUUUUCAAACAACUAAUUGUUGUUGAAAAGGUUCACAAAAAAUUAUGGCUGAGUAUAAGAUGAUUUUAAAUAAAAUAUCAUAAUUAGAAUUU